AUGGGAGGAGGAAACGGCCAGAAAGCCAAGAUGGCCCGCGAGAAGAAUCUGGAGAAGCAAAAGGGUGCAAAGGGUAGCCAACUCGAAACUAACAAGAAAGCCAUGAGUAUUCAGUGCAAGGUGUGCAUGCAGACAUUCAUAUGCACCACUACAGAGGUGAAGUGUCGAGAGCACGCCGAAGCGAAGCACCCGAAAGCUGAUGUCUAUGCUUGUUUCCCCCAUCUUAAGAAAUGA